ACGAAGAAGAAGACACAGUGCUGCAUUGCGAGUUUUGCGCACGCGUAGCUGCAUACUCACGCACACAGGCAUCAUGGCGGACGUGUUAGAUCUUCAUGAAGCGGGAGGUGAAGACUUUCCUAUGGACGAGGAUGGUGAUGAAAGCAUUCACAAGCUGAAAGAGAAAGCCAAGAAAAGAAAGGGUCGUGGGUUUGGAUCAGAGGAGGGAGCAAGAUCAAGAGUCAGAGAGGAUUAUGAUACAGUAGAGCAAGAUGGAGAUGAACCCGGUCCACAGAGAUCGGUUGAAGGAUGGAUUCUCUUUGUGACCGGUGUACAUGAGGAGGCGACUGAAGAGGACGUCCAUGACAAGUUUGCAGAGUUUGGAGAAAUCAAGAACUUGCAUUUAAAUUUAGACAGAAGAACGGGUUACCUUAAGGGUUAUGCACUGGUGGAGUAUGAGACGUACAAAGAGGCCCAGGCGGCAAUGGAAGGACUGAAUGGCCAAGAUCUUAUGGGACAACCAGUCAGUGUUGACUGGGGCUUUGUGAGGGGACCCCCAAAGAGCAAGAGACGGGGCGGAAGAAGGCGCAGCAGGAGCCCCGACAGGCGGCGUCGUUGAUUUCGUUUCUUUUUAUUUGUCUACAGUGUCUAUGUCCCAGCUUGAGUCGCAUUAUAUAUUCUUAAGACUGUUUGGCAUCAGAUUGAAAGUGUGCAUCCCUAAAGGUUUUAGUUUUUUUGUUAAUUGGUACUCAGCAGCUGUCUGUGAGAACGAAAGGCAAUGCUGAAGUAUGUUGAAGUUGUAGGUUUUUCAGCUUUUUUUUCGUACAAAAGUAGUACAUGUAAUUCACUCAGUGAAAUCUGUUUUAUGAUUGGUUAUUUGUACAUUUCCAAUAAAUUAAUUUGAAUUUA